UGAUUUAUAUAAAAUAGUGAUUUUAAUCGUUUGAUGAAAGAGAAAAAAGAUCUUAGUGAAAUGAAAAGAAAGGAGGUUUUCUAUUAGAUUUAAAACGAUGUAUCGGUGAACCCACAAAGGAUGCGCUCGAUCGGAGAAGACGAAUGCGCGAGCGGAGGGCAACGUGGGGGUACCUGUUGGUAGCAAAGUGGUGGUCGCUCGUCGACGGGUCGACUAGCUCGACUCCGUCGGUAAGGUCCGCUUGAAGUAAAGGUCACGACGUCUCGCGCGGAGGGUACGUGUUUGGUGGGUGACGAGGAGCGGCUACUGGCCGAUGGGAUGCAUCUACCGGUGGGUUCCGUGGGCUGCGGGGAGAAUUACGGCAUUGUCGGAUCUCAGGAAGGCGCCGGCCCGUGCGGUCCCUCCCUGGCACCCCUCCAAGGGGUCAACACCAGGUACCACCAGGGUGACGACGGCGAAAACGGCGGUGGUGCCGGCGAAAUGAGCGAGAGUGCCGCCGUCGGCGAACUUUGGUGGACCGAGAGACUCGUCGGUGAGGCACAAGCUGAACAUCCCGGCGAACUCGUUAGAACAGGUUCGCCGUACUUUCUCUGCAGUCAAUUGCCAACUCACUGGAGAUCCAACAAGACCCUACCAGUGGCUUUUAAAGUCGUAGCCCUAGGCGAGGUCGGCGAUGGAACCCUCGUUACUGUUCGCGCUGGUAACGAUGAAAACUGUUGCGCGGAACUACGUAACUCUACUGCAAUUAUGAAAAAUCAAGUCGCCAAAUUUAAUGAUCUUAGGUUCGUCGGUAGAAGUGGAAGAGGAAAAAGCUUUAGCAUCACGAUAACAGUCUCGACGAGUCCACCACAGGUAGCAACCUAUACCAGAGCGAUCAAGGUGACCGUAGAUGGACCGAGAGAACCACGUUCGAAAACGAGACAACAGCAUCAACAAUUUCGAGCACUUGGUUUGGGCCAAAGACCAUUCUUGGAUGCACCAAACUCGUUCACCUCCCACCUACGAGAACUGGAGUCCUACAGGAGGAAUAAGCAUCACCAUCAUCACAGCAGUCACUUACACGGACAGCAGACUGGCAGCAACGUCACCGCGAAUUCGGUUAGCGGUGCCUGCUCCAACCCCAACAACACCGACCCGACCGCAUCGCCCGCUUCCAGUACACACCUCGGAGCUACCGGAGGAGGUUCCUCUAAUACUGCUCAUCAGGAUUGCUACAAGCAUAGUCCUCAACACGGUGAUACAAGUACGAGCACAACUGAAUGGUCUUAUCCAUCGACAGCUCCUUCUUAUCCAGCUCCACCAGUAAGUAGCGGUGGAUCGUAUUCCCCAAUUCCAGGUGGUGCAUUUUCGUAUCCAGGUGAAUCCUUGUCUCAUCAUCCAACAACGGAACCUGUACCACUACCAACUGUUUUACCAUCGGAGAGUCAACAGGACACCUACACUCCAAACUGCGUUUCCAUGUAUUCCGGUCACGGAACGUCAUCGACAACUUUACCUCUGAUACCUGGAAAGCCCAGUGACCCUGAUAUCUUCGCAGGUGGUGGAACAGGAAGCGCAAGUCCAGGAUAUCAUUACGGUUCCUGGACACCUGGACCAGCUACACCGGUACCGGUUGCCUCGCAUAACUACAAUCCUAAUUAUCAAGGCUAUUACAAUAACCCAAGUCAAAAUUACAUAAGUCCGGCUCCAAUGGUUCUUUAUCCGCAGCUUUACAGUACGGUUAAUCAGAAUCAAAUUCAUUUGCAUCUUCACGGUGAUCUUAGCGAUGAACAAGUCACCAUUGCUGGUGGUAAUUUGACCAUCAGUAGUAAUCGUCUUGAAAUUGGAGUUCUUGGUGAAGAAAGCGAACAAAGGAACGACGUUUGGAGACCUUAUUAAUUAAAAAAUCCUAGUUUAACAAUAAAAAAACAAAAAGGAUUAACGAGAUAUUUCAUUGUAAGACCAAUUUGUUUUGUACUAUGUUCAAAAUAUCAUAGUGAAAAAUGUUCGGUGAAAAUGUAAGAAUAUGAACAAUGAUUGAUGAAAGAAAGUGUAUUUAGGAUAUUUUCUAUUACCGGCAAUUCUUUCCACAAUAAUCAACGUAUUGCGUUUGGGGGCAGGGGCGGGGACGGUCGUAAAUUUGUUCUAAGGAAAGGCUGUUAAUUAAUACGAUUGCUAAAUACGUACGAAAAUUUUCGUUGUUUCUUGUAUAGUGCGAGACAUGUCGCGAAAGAAAAAAAAAACACGAAAUAAAAAAAUACCUAUAGACUAUCGUAAGUCAAUCUUCAAUCUGAUGUUGAUUGAAAGAAGACUGAAUAUUCACGAUAUCAGAUUUCAAGUAUUAUCAAAACUAAACAUGCAAACUCUUAUUCGAUAUUAUUCGAAAAAGAGACUGAGAAGGAAUGAGUUCUCGUUAGAAGAAUAAAAAUACGAAAAAAUAAAAAGGAUAAUAAAUAAAUAAAAAAGAAAAAAAAAAGAAAAAUGGUAAGGCUUCUGAUAGUAAUACGUAUGAAGGUUGUCAGCGAUGUCGCCGUUUCGUUCUACAAUCGUAAAAAAAAAAUAUAAAAACGAAAGAACAAUCAGUGUUAUGAUGUACUUAUCGAAAGAAAAGGAGAUGAUGAUUAGUCAGAUAAUGUAAUACACACGUUGUAAAUAUACAAAUAUUUUCCAUGAAGUAA